GGACUACAUUAUGACAUGACGUAUUGAUUUGCUCCCCAACAAUGCAAUAAAUCGUUCCAGUAAGUCUUAAUAUUAAUCUUGUUCGUCCGUGAGGAGGUGAAAACAACACGAUGUUUCGAUUUCUCUUCAACACUAGCCUGAUAUUUCAUGUAUUUUUGAUAUUGCUCCUUUCAUCUGUUUCCGGCCUAAAUGCAGAAGGAAAUGCAAUUUCUUCAGGAAAUCGUCCGGAAGAACGCAGCAUAUCACCUUUGCGUAAUAUAACAUUAGGAGUCUAUUCCAAUGUUUUGAGAGAGAAAAGGGAAAUACAAGAAGAAGUUUGUAAUUCGGCUGCCUCAGAUUUUAGAUGUAGUGAUGGAAAACGAUCUUGCCGAAAGCGAUGUAGGGAUAAAGUGACAAGAGAAAAUGCGACGGAGUUUUACUGCCAUUGUGACGAGUUAUGUUCGCACUAUGGUGAUUGUUGCCCAGAUUCUAGGUACCAAUGUCGAAAUUGUAACGCUACUGAAAGAGGUAUCAUCGAAACUAAUCAGACCCUCAUUGAUAUCGGAAAUGAUAGUUGCGCGCCUGUUUUUGUUCAUAAAACACAGCGCGCAAAUUACCAAUGCACGCGUGUUCAGGGAGUCGUGCGUGUCUACCUAAGAGCAAGUUGUCAUGCGGACUAUAAGAAUUCUGCACUGGAAAGGAAAUGCUUAAGUGAAGAUGAGCCCUAUUCAAAAAUUCCUUCCUAUGAUGUCACGAAGGGAGAACAUUACAAGAAUAAAUAUUGCGCCGAAUGUAACUUCGUUGAGGCAGCGCUCUCUUGGAGGCUGAGAAUCGAAUGCGUAAAUAAGGAUUCCUUGAACGGUUUAAAACUUGGAAGCUUGAAUAUUCCUCGCAUCAUGGAAUUCAUACAUAUACAUGAUUCAAGAAACAUUGGCCGUGGAUGUAGAAUCGAUUAUUUGGAACCCUUGUUGGACACGAAUGAGAACAUCCCACAGUUACGCCCAUGCAUCAGUACUCAGUUUGAGUGUGAAUAUUGUGAGGACACAACUCUGGCAGCACUUUGCCAUACCUACGGGUUAGACCCAGUUGAUGAUUGGAAUGUUUAUCACAACCUUUACUGUUUGAAAUGUGGUAAUCAGUUCGGAAGACCAAGAUUUGCACCAUACCCUCAGCUAUGUCAACUUGUCCAAUUUGCAAAUAGACAAGACCUGAAUGAAGGGCUUCACAUACUUUCGUUUCAAAUUCUUAUGGACGUUACAGGAGACACUAUCAACGUAAGAACUGUUGCUGGUCAUCAAGAUACGAAAAUAGCUGAAGUGGAGCUGUCUUGUUCCGGCGACUCGUUUCAAUGCCGUUUGAAGCGCUGUCAUGGCAAUUUGACAAGAGUUGGAGAUGAAUGUGUUGUCAGAGGGUUUGAGAGAUCGAGGAGUUCAACGGUGACCUCAAUAACUACAGAACGGAAGAUAAAAGCGGCGGCAAGUGCAAUGGCCGAUAUUUCACCGUUACUGAUGUGGAUUUCGAUCCCCACAAUCAUCAUGCAAUAAUAGUCUCGCGUGUUUGUUUCACCCGAGUGAGCAACUUUAGAAUAUUGUUGACUGCUUUUUCUCUCUACAUUAUUCGGCGUGUUAUAUGAAGCUUAGACAAUUUCUAAAGACAAAGUCCUUAAGCUGUACACUUAUUAAAUCAUUUGUAUUCACCUUUCCACAAAGUCAGCUCAUGAAUAUUAUAAUGAGCUGCUUAAAAACCUGUGACGUCAAUGAGAGAAACUUUUUCCCGCGAAAAACAAAUGCAAUUGAGUUUACAUGUAAAUCCUCGGUUGAUUGCUGUACGUUUUACCUCUUCAAAUGUGCAAGUAAUCAGUUAAUUAUUGACGGAUUUUUAUUGAACGUCAAAUUGACAUUUAUUUACGCCUUCUAAGCGAUUUAAAUAUUAAAUUUCUGUUCAUAAUGAGUAAAUAAUUUGAAGAGAAUUACUCCCGGUCAGUUUUCAAUCGUGAUAGGAACCGGAUGUGAACAGGUGAAAUUAUCAUAAUCAUUAGUUCACCAACAUUAUAACAAGUCUCCUAUGCAUAAAAAUAUAUAGAUAGACAAUCUAUUUUAAGUUAAUCUUCAGUGUCAUUUGAUGAAUGACCUGUUAAAAUUAAAAACAUUUGCUCUUAUUCAUUAAAUCAUUGACUUCACUACUUCCAUAAUUCAAUCAACUAGACGAUUACUUCCUAUUUAUUUCUGUAAGUCAUAUCAGAUCGUAUCUUGAAAAUAUUAUACUUGAAAACAUUGGGAUAUAAAAUUGAUAUCUUGAAGGAGCGUGGCAUAUAUAAAGAUUAUCCUAUAUGAGGUUCAGGAUAUUGGGAUUAUCCCGAGGCAAAUAUAAUAUAUCUGCCCGACUAUAGGAUAAUAUGUUUAUCCCAUACCAAUCUUGGUCAUCUGGUUCACAUUGUUCAAUCGUGGAAAUAUUUUAGAAUAUUCAUGUCCAGUUUUGUUUUCUUGGCCGUGGGCGGAUUUUCCUGUUAUCUCAAAUAUUCCCAAUAUACGUCCAAGUAUGGGAUAAACAUAUAUAUAUA